AUGUCAAUACUUUUACGACACCUGUCUUCGUAUAAACUUAUUUAUGGCGUGUAUGAGGAACUUAAAUGGAAUAAAUUUCAUGUGGAAUGGUUUAAUGUUGUAGUUACAAAAGCUUCUCUCUUUCAAACAGCGAAAAUACAAUCAAAUCGUCAAGUUAUACAAGCUGUCAGGCUGGGAGAAAAGCUAAAGAAUUAG